UUCACGUUUUAUGACUUACCGCUUUAUUCAUCCGCCAUUUAAGUACGUGUACGCGUAUUUGUGUUUGGUUGUAGUUCUUUUCUAUCUUAUAUUAUUUGUAAAAAGGUGAAAUGGGAAAGAAAAAAGUAGAAGAGGUUGAAAGUGAGGAGGAGGAAUAUUCUGUUGAGAAAAUUAUAGAUCGCAGAGUGGUAAAUGGGAAAGUUGAAUAUUUUUUAAAGUGGAAAGGUUAUUCUGAAGAUGAUAAUACCUGGGAACCUGAAGAUAACCUGGAUUGUCCAGAACUUAUUGCUGAAUUUGAAAAAAACCGAAAACAAAAAGCAAAAGCCUCUGGAAAAGAGAAGAAACGGCAAAGAGAAAACUCAACAUCAUCGUUAGACUCUAACACAUCAUCAUCUAAAACUGAUAAAGACAAAAAGAAAAAAUCAAAGGGUCACUCACCAUCUCCAGAACCAGAGGAUGAGCCUAAAUCAAAGAAGUCGCGUGUUGAUGUCGAUUCAGAUGAUGAUUUGAAAACAGACAAAAAGAAAGAUGAUUCAGAUUCAGAGGAAGAAAAGCCUAAACGAAAAAAAAGAUCGGCACCAAAAUCAAAAAAAGUUGAAUCUGAUAAUUCUGAUGAUGAGGAUGAAAAACCUAAAAAGAAGAAGGUAGAUACUGAAGAAAAAAAAGGGAAGAAAAAGUCAAAAGAUUCUGAUGAUGAUGAAAAGCAUAAGAAAAAAGGCGAUUCAGAAGAUGAGGAGGAAACUUCCAAAAAAGAUAAAAAGAAAACUGAAGCUGUGGUUGAUAUAAAGAAAGAUAGAAAGGGAGGUAAAAUUAAAGAAAAAGAGAAAUCUGCCUUUGAAAAGGGAUUAGAGGCUGAGAAAAUUAUAGGUGCCUCUGACACCACUGGUCAGUUAAUGUUUCUAAUGAAGUGGAAAGGCAGUGAUGACACUGACCUGGUUUAUGCAAAAGAAGCCAAUAUAAAAUGUCCGCAAGUAGUUAUUAAGUUCUACGAGGAAAGAAUAGCUUGGCACACACCAGAAGAAUCGAAUUAGUAUAUAGAGUAUAUUUUAAAUAUGUAGUUUUUUUUUUACGUAUAAGUUUUGACACAAAAUAUUAAACAAUAAGCGUUUGUUAAAUAAAUUUACACGUGCAAAAAAUAAUUGCACAAUCUGACUUUUAGUAUGUCUAAAAUAAGUUGUUUCGUUGUUUUUUCAGUGAACUGUAUUCACUAAGCAUUUUCUUUUAUAAUAAUACAUAUUUUAAGUUCUAUUUUCAAUAUCUUCAAAUAAAUCUGUAUGGUAAAAUUUAA